AUGAAAGAAGUUCUCUCCCAUCUGAGAGAAAACUCCCUUUUUGCCAAGCUGGAGAAGUGUGUCUUCGAGGUGCCCAAGAUUCCCUUCCUGGGUUAUAUUAUCUUUUGUGAAGGAUUCGAGAUGGAUCCUUCUAAAGUUAUGGCAAUCCAAGACUGGCCUCUCCCCACGAACACCAAGGCCAUACAAAGAUUUGUUGGUUUCGCUAACUACUACAGAAGGUUCUCCUCCCAUAUUGCACCUGUCUUGGCUCUCAUCCGGAAGGGAGGAAAACCUAAUGCCUGGCCCCCUCACACCCUGGAGACCUUUCAGUCCCUGAAAGACUCCUUUGUUUCUGCUUAUGUUCUUCAACAUCCUGACCUCCUACAACCCUUCUUUAUUGAAGUAGAUGCUUCUGACAUUGGGGCAGGAGCAAUCCUCAGUGAGAGAAGUCGCUGA